GGGCGGAACAUAUCAUUGUAUUGCACACCUCUAAAAAAACAGUGCUCUGAUUCAUAAAUAUAAAAAGAUCCUCUGAGGAGGGCAGUUUUUGUGAUGGCAACUUCACUUCUAGGGGAGGAGCCGCGGUUAGGAUCGACUCCUUUAGCCAUGUUGGCUGCUACAUGUAACAAGAUUGGGAGUCCGAGCCCUUCACCUUCGUCCAUUUCGGAUAAUUCUUCAUCGUUUGGAAAAGGCUUCCACCCGUGGAAGAGAGCGACUGCGAGCAGUUGCAGCUUGGGAUCCGGCCUGUCCGGCUUUGGAGUGUCGCGUAACGGAGCCGGGCUAUCGGAUUCGUUCGGCGCCAACUGCUCCGGAUCCAGUGCCUUCUCCCUCACCUCUGGUACUUCCUCCAGUUCCCACUUUGGAAAUGACUAUUCUGUAUUUCAGGCCUCUGUUACAAACAGCGCUCAAGAACCCAGUCAUCAGCCGGUUUUUAUUUCGAAAGUUCAUACAUCGGUGGACAGUCUGCAAGGUAUAUAUCCCAGAAUGAGCGUUGCGCAUCCUUAUGAGUCCUGGUUCAAAUCCUCCCAUCCUGGUAUCCCCACAGGAGAGGUUGGCACCACCGGUGCAUCUGCAUGGUGGGACGUGGGAGCGGGCUGGAUUGAUGUUCAGAACCCAAACGGUGCGGCACUACAGUCGUCAUUGCACUCCGGAGGACUCCAGACAUCCUUACAUUCUCCACUGGGAGGAUACAAUUCUGAUUACUCGAGUUUAAGUCACUCUGCAUUCAGUACAAGUCCUUCUCCUCAUCUUUUGACAACCGGUCAGCACCUCAUGGACGGAUUCAAGCCGGUAUUGUCGUCUUAUCCGGACUCAAGUCCCUCUCCUUUAGCUGGUGCUGGGGGGACUAUGCUGUCUGCGGGUCCCCCUGCAUCUUUAGCUGGGUCUCCGAGAUCGUCUGCGAGGCGCUACUCUGGUAGAGCCACAUGUGACUGUCCCAACUGUCAGGAGGCUGAGAGACUUGGACCGGCGGGAGCGAGUCUCCGGAGAAAAGGUCUCCAUAGUUGCCACAUUCCCGGGUGUGGGAAGGUUUACGGUAAAACAUCGCAUCUCAAAGCGCACUUGAGGUGGCACACCGGAGAGAGACCGUUUGUCUGUAACUGGCUCUUCUGUGGAAAGAGAUUCACACGCUCUGAUGAACUCCAGCGACACUUGCGAACACAUACCGGAGAAAAAAGGUUCGCCUGUCCGGUCUGCAACAAGAGAUUUAUGCGUAGCGAUCAUUUAAGUAAACAUGUUAAAACACACAGUGCUGGGGAUCCGCUGGGUCUGGUUCCGGGGGCAGCGGGGGGGGGUAAACGGGGAAGUGAUACUGACAGCGAGCACAGUGCACCAGGGAGUCCGCCUUGUCAUUCCCCUGACCUGUUGCAACCUCCAGAGUCUGCCCCAGGGACAGGCAUGAACGGCCUCUCUAACUCACUAUAAGUAGAAUACCUGGUGGUAGAUCAAAUCCUUUUAAGGAAUUGGGUAAUAAUAUUACAGUGGACAUGCUUUGUGUGCUCAAUGUUCAUAUGUUGAACGAUAAAUAGCAUUUCCCUGAGUUCAUUAAGUGCGUAAGAAUACUGAUUAUAAUAUCCUGCAAUUCAUUGUAAGCCCAUUCACCACUUCGCACCCAUUGUUUGCGUUUGUGGUAAAAAGCUCUAGGUAUAAGGUUAUUCUCGCACUCUUGGACACUUUGGCACAAUUCAAAAACACUGACGCACAUAGUGAUCCAGGAUAGGCUACAUUGGGUCAUUGGUGGUUUUACGCAGCAGGGUUAUAAGCAAGACAUUUGUUUUCAGAAAGAAAUAUUGUUCCAUCAAUUAAGUGCUAUGUGGCCUGCAAUAUCUUGUUACUGCGGAUGUACUUUUAUUCAAAACCAAACUGUGGCACUUUAUUAUAUACAGUAAAUGAUCCACGUGUGUCCUUCUCGACGGGCUGCUUUGUAAGAACAAAUCACUGUAGUGUGAUAACGUUUUCGUUAUGUCCUUAUCUACCUUAUUACAUCACCUGUUUGAUAAUGGAAGAAAAGUUGUAUCGCACAUUGGUAAUCGCUCCAUACAAUUAGAGCUUGACCAAGUUUGCAAGUAGCCAAAUUUACUUACAUUUCACGUUGCUGCAAAUUGGUUGUAAAUAUGAGAAUUGUAGGUUAGAAUAUUAUUACACACCAGUGUAAAGGUGAGCUAUGUAUUUGUCCGGGAGACGAUUUUGUAUAGUAAUUUCUAGUUGUACAUUGGCUCUAGUAAAUAUCUGAAAAUGUACGGAAAUGUAUUUUGAUUUUUUUUGUCAGGAUAUAAAAAAAAUGUAUUGUGGGAGUUAUAUUUAACCACGAGUUUUUCUUGUAUUUUGGGGUCUAUCAUUAGACGCACUUUGAAUUUAUUUGUAAGAUUUCGACAUUAUUUACUGUUCACUCAUUUAAUUUAAGUAAGCAUGUUUGUAAAGUGACGUUAAUUUCACAUUGAUAAUUUCUCCGAGACUGGCUUUCUAAUUCAAGCCACUCAAUAAAGUCAGUAUGGAU